AUGACUUCGCCGCUCAGGUUCCCCAGCCUCCCCUCCGAACUCCUCCUUCACAUCCUCUCAUAUCUCGAUAUUCCGGACCUCCUCUCCCUCUCCCGAACUUCGCACACGUUCCGCACGCUCUCUCUCGACCCGCUCCUUCACAUCACGCGCCUCCACCAUGCCUCCCUCUCCCUCGCCCACGCCAUCGCUCUGCGGCCAUGCCUCGCGGAACUGAUGGCCCACCGCAUCUACAUUACACGCACCACGCUCGCGGCACGUCAUCUCGGGCGGAACUUCAUCAAGAUAAGACUCAACCGGCAGCUGCUCAAGCGGCCGAGCGUGGAUGAGCUCGUGCAGCUUGGGGUCCUACCGCGGGAGUGCUAUUCCAAAGGGAGACAAGGUGGCACGGGGGUGUGGCUUGCGCCGGGCCUGGUCGAGGUUAAGAGACGGGUUGAGAGGGAGCGGGUGAAAGAUUGCUUAAGGGGGUGGGUUGACGAGUGGAGGAGGAGGGGAUGGGAGAGACGGCGGAGGGAGUUGGAAGGACGUGAGAUGGAGGCGGAAGGCAGGCCAGAUGUGAGGAGGCUAGUGAGGAGGUUUACGAGGGAGAGGGAUGGAGUUGCUCCCGCGAGGAAUAUGCGCUGGGGGCGUGCGGCCGUGCUUGCAGAGCGUAAGGAGGCUCCUACGCGGGCGAAAGUGUCUGGGUUGAGGAGAUUCUGGGAGAGGGUUGACCAGGAGGGCGUUGGCUCUUGA